GUCAAACGUGUUCUUUUUUAUUUAUGACCACGUUUGCCGCCCUUUCAUGACACAUAUGUGGCAAUUAAAAGACGCAAAAGCACCACGGGUCGUUGUGUCUCCCUAAACUCCGCGACAGCCGCGGCGUUUGUUUGAAUUAGCUUUAGCGUGCUAGCUGUAAACAAAGAGACGCGGAAGUUAGCCACGCAUGCUAAAAGCAGUCGGUGGGCGGCGGCAGCAGCGGCGCCGUGUUGAAAAUGUGUCACGUCCCAAUGCUUCGAGGGUUGGUGACUUAACAGUGCCGUUGAGGAGAUAUUUGUAGCGCUGGAAAGAACGUUGACAGAGUACGAGCAGUGUUGAACUAAAGAGAAGAACCAGCCCCAACGCAAACGACGAGACUUCGCUAGUCAGGGUUCGAUCACCAGCGACAGCAAAUCUUGCUGCCAGGCAGGAGUGGAACUCCAUGAUGGAGCAGAAGGAGUCCAACCUUCCCCACAUCAAAGUGGAGUUGGAGGAGGACGUGCGUAGCAGUCAAAAGGCCGAGCAACAGGAUGAGCGCGUCGACGCUGCCAAGUUCCAGGUGACCAGCGUCAUUGUCAAGAGCGAAGAAGACGAGGAAAGCCACGACCAGUCGCCCGAGGAGAAGGGCGAGGCCCACGCGCACAUAGACUCCCGCGUGGGAGCGCAACAUCACGGCCGCUUGGCUCGUGUCACUCGCUCGCAGCGAGCCACGUUGGACUUUCUUGCCGCAAAGACCGCAUCUGAUGCGAUGACGACCGGGAGCAGAUUCUCGGCCUUCGACGGCGCGCGACGCGAGCGCCACCCGAGCGGGAAGCCGUUCGUCUGCCCGUUUUGCUGCAAAACCUUCAAUCAGCGCGUCCACUUGUCCCGCCACUUGAGCGUCCACACGGGCGACAAACCCUUCCACUGCACCAUUUGCAGCAAAAUGUUUGCCACCAGGGACCGCUUGCGCUCCCACACCAGGAUCCACACCGGAGAGAAACCAUUCAGCUGCCCGGUUUGUGGCAAGCGCUUCUUCCACCACUCGCAUUUAGUCAAACACUCACACAUUCACACGGGCGUGAAACCCUUUUCUUGCCUGUUUUGCGGCAAACGCUUCUACUCCAACGGUGAUCUGAUCAAACACACGCGGACGCACACCGGAGAAAAACCCUUCACCUGCUCCGUUUGCAAUGCCAGCUUCAGCGACAGCUCCACGCUGGGCAAGCACAAGCGCCGACACACGGGCGAGAAACCCUUCAGCUGCAGCGUGUGUGACAAACGCUUCCCCUUUAAGUUCCAGGUGAAGAAGCACAAAUGCGUCGGGGAGAACAGCAGCACCAAGUGAACUCGCCAAUACAUAUAUUCUGUAUGUUGUGAUUAUUGAAAGGGGUGUCCAAAAUCGGGCAUAUUCCAAGAAUAACAUUUGACGCGGCCUGCAAAACUCACACACACGAACCUGCAUGCUGUAUGUGUAUGCAUGCAAUACAAGUAUAACCUGCCCGACGGUGACAAUAAAACAAAAGUUCUUGGUAUACAUUGCUCCGAUGCGAUUUAUCGUUAGCAUCCCACUAUAUUGCAAUUCUGAUGAAUUAAAAUAGUUUUUUUUUUUUAAUUAAUGGGUUUAUACUGUUCACAUAGUGGAAUGGCAUUGCAUGCGGGAAAGGAGAGCCACAGCCAGCUAUCAAUCAAACGCUGAUAGUAACACACAAGCACACCCACACCUGAGCUGCUGUGAGCCACAGCUCACGUCCAGACACUUGCGUGCAGACUCACUGAUGUCAUACGCCACCCCACCUAGACCCCCCCCUCUUACAGCCGCAUGCAGGUGCACAGGCACUACCAUACACAGUAUUUUAUGCUUACUUUUUAAACAAUUUUAUACACAAAAUGUGUUUUUUUUUAUGGGAGGGGGGGGGCUAAAUGGAGCAUACUAUAAAAGGAAUUUGUCAUAUUUUUUUUUCUCUUCUUUCUACAUACAUUCUUGCUGCUGAAGGCUGUAGUGAGACUAAUAAAGGUUUUCUUAUCUUAUCUUAAAUUUCCCCAGUGUGGGACGAAUAAAGGAUAUCUUAUCUUAUCUUAAACAGUGAUGAAGUCAUCCAAAAGCACUUGACAAAAUCUUUGAAACUUUGAAGGUUGGUUUUUAACCUCAUUUUAAUGGACAUUAUUGCCACUGAGUGGACUGAAGUCAAACAUUUUUGGUCACAAGAGGACUGAUGUAAAAAUGACUUUAAAAAAAAUAUCCUGUAUGGGAAAAAAAUGUGUCUCUGGAGUGCCUGCUACCCAGCAAGUGUGAAAUUAAACAACCAAGUAGUCUGCCUA